CUUGCUUUUAUUUUUUGUUCAUGCAGCAUAAGGGCUUACCUGAAAGCAAUUCCUUUCAAGGCAACUAGUACAAGCAAUGAAGACUAAUACACAUGGCCAGUAUUAUUGGGGGGGGGGAGGCAUUAAUUUGCAAACCAGAAAUUUAGGUUUACAAAAAGAAGAGUAACACAUUCUGACACAAAAACCCCACUUUCUUUUUAAAGUCCCUUUUCAGUUAAGAAAAUGGCAGAGAAAUUGAACAAAAGGUAUAAGAUAAACAACUGAUGAGUGGAAAGAUGUAUAACCUUCAUAGAAGCAAAUCAAGAUGAAUGUUCAUUGGGCUAUAAUUUCCCUGCCAAAAAUCAGAAUGCUUGCUCAAUAAAGAUGGGAUAUCAUCCAAGCUGUGUGCAAGUAAAUCUAGGAACACAGGGAACUGUUUUAUACUGUUGGUCCAUUUAGUUCAGUACACUGAUUGACAGCAGUAGCUCUGCAAGAUUUCAGGCAGGAGAUUCUCCUGGUCCUGCUUGGGGUUGAAGCUGGGACCUUCUGCAUGCAAAGCAGCCCUUCCCUAAUCUUGCUCAAUAAACAGGCUGGAGGAGCCUCUCAUUUCGCACUUCAUUGGCUUCUCCCAGUCUACAGGUUUGUUUCCAAAUGUGCGAUUUAUGGCCAACCAUCUUCACUUGCUUCUGACUCUGAGGAAUUACCCUGGACCGGUUUGCUAGGAUAUGGCUGAUGUUAAGGUCAGGGGGAUGUAGGACAUGGAAUUUAAAUUCUUGUUUAGGACAACAGUUGCAUUAGAUUUAAUGGGAAGGAGAGCUUCCUUCAAAGUCGGGCUGUUGCAGCUCCAGCAGGUGCUGCCUGGACAGCUGCUUAAAGCUACCACAAAGUGUGCAGCAUUUUGUUAUAUCCUCACCAUAACACAGCUAAUUAUGUGGUGUAUGGCAGCCUGGCCAAAUGAAUCAUCUGUCAGCUGUGAAAGCAGAUCCCAGAACGAAACCACUUUCACAAGGGGAUUACAAAGCACAGGAAAUACAGGUGAUUACUAGCAGGUGCCUUUGAUACCUACAUCCGUCUCUUCUUCUGGCCCUUUGAAAUGGCUCUGAUAUACUGCAAUUAGGGAUUGCUGGGAAGAGAUGGAAGGUGGCUGCUGCCUUCCUCCUCUCCUCCUCCUUUGUUUUGAAGUUGGGAUCAAAGGGAUUUGGAGUGUCUGGGGGGUCUGGAGAGGAAGGAAAAGUGAGGAAAUGUGGCUAUAAAUAAGGCUGAACUCUCCAAGGUGCAUGCUUUAGGUGCGAAAGGCAAUCAGUGGCUUCUCCUGACAAGCAGCAACCCACAGGUUCAAAAUACGGCGGUGAAGGAUGUGUGUUGCUCAGUGACUUUUACCCAAGGAAGGAGAGCAGAAGGUGCUUUGCUGUCUUCUAGGGAAUAUAGACAAUACUCUGAGCUGGGAAUGGAGGCGAGGUUUCUUCUUGGGAUCACUUGCCUCUGUUCCCCAUUGACUGCUAUGGUUCUUGACUUCAACACCAUCAGGGGCUCAGCUGAAGUAUCCAGCUCCAAAAAGAGUGCCCAAUGCUUCACAGACAAAGACUGCCCAGCUGGGAAGUUCUGCAACAAGGCCUGGGAAGAGCUGCCCUUCUGCGCUGCUUGCCACGGGCUACGGAGGAGGUGCCAACGCAACACCAUGUGCUGCCCAGGGAUGCUCUGCCUUAAUGAAGUGUGCAGUCAGACUGAAAAGAUGACUCUUGUUGAAGAAAAGAAGUGUGAGAAACAGGCUGGGUUGAGUUCAAAAGCCGCAGUCCAGUGCCCGGUUCCAGCAAGCAACAUCCUGAAGAAAGGAAAUACUCAAACACCAAACAACAAAGUUGAAGAGGGCGAGAGUUGCCUCCGCACCUCCGACUGUGCUGCGGGACUCUGCUGCGCUCGCCAUUUCUGGGCCAAGAUCUGCAAGCCUGUUCUCAAGGAGGGCCAGGUGUGCUCCAGACGAGGACAGAAGGAUGGCUCUCAGGGACCCGAAAUCUUCCAACGGUGUGACUGUGGCCCAGGACUGUCUUGCCAACUGCCACUCAUCCGAGAGUCCCAGCGAUCACGCUUACGAGUCUGCUGGAGAAACUAACGUCACUUUUAUCAGUCAGCUAACACCAGAGUCCUCACUCCACCCAGUAGAUCUAAACCCCCAAACCACAUAUAUUUGCCCUCCUUACACUGCUGCUGCUACUUUGUAGGGUAGAUAAAUGGCUCCCUUCAGAUGAGUUGUUGCUCUCCCUGAUGUGCGCCUUAUUUUAGCUUUUGAUACUUGAACAGUGCCUGUUUUAAUCAAGAGGAGACUGGUGUUGACACUCAAAGGGCCUUGGCCUUUUGUCUGGGACAGGGUACCUCAAGAAUCUCCUCUUCCUUAAGCUUGACUUUGGGUGGUCCCACCACUGAUGGGAAGUUGGGUUGGUGGGACAAAGGGCAGAGGAGCCCUUUUGAUUGUGUCACCCGAAUGACAGAAUGCUCUUCCCAGAGAUGUGCUUUUUAACAAUCUGUUUCAACAGUCAUCACCUGUUCUGUUUCAACAGCCAUCUUUUUAAGUGAAGACCUUUUACGAUUUAUCGUUUGAUUUUUUAAAUCACUCCUGUGUACAAACAUUGCAGUGAAAGGCGGGAUAGAAAAUUGGUUAUAAAUAUGUUGAUAAAGACACUUGGCCGUAGAAAAUUGUUUAGAGGGGUUGUGGCACAUGGGCAGGAAGCUGUUGUAUACUGCUGUAAACUGCUUUUUUAUUUUUACAAAAGUGUUGUACAGUACAAAUUUUAUGAAAUAAAUUAUCUGUGCAUGGCAAGACAGGUGCAACAGACUUUUAGAUUACAUGAAAUGCAUUUAUCAUGAUGUGCUUCUAUAAGCAUGCUGGCUACAUUUCCUUUGGAUUUAGCAUGAACUCUUAAUUUUCCAAACUGACAAAGAGAUGGGGUUAAUAAAGGAGAAAACAAAAUGAACACAAGACCUUCUUGUAUGUUGAUGGAAGUGACUAGACUUCACCUACCUGCAAAAAACAAAACGGCAGUACUAAGCCAUGCAGGAAG